UCCGUCACACACACACUCCUGCUGCCCCGUCACACACACACUCCUGCUGCUCCGUCACACACACACUCCUGCUGCCCCGUCACACACACACUCCUGCUGCUCCGUCACACACACACUCCUGCUGCCCCGUCACACACACACUCCUGCUGCUCCGUCACACACACACUCCUGCUGCCCCGUCACACACACACUCAUGCUGCUCCAUCUCAAACUCAUGCACGCUCCCUGAUUUUCCGUGUCUUUUUCUUCGUGACAGACCGGGGUGAUGUCGGGAAAGGACAUUUUCCUAUCGUUAAAGGAUAAAGGGUCCGGUUAGCCCUGACCAUUAUCCGUUUCCAAUUCAACAACGCAAAGGCGCUUGCCCGAUCCAUCAAAACUCCGGGUCAGUGCUCUAAAAUGAGUCUCUCUGGGGAGAGAGAGGAGGGGGGCACCGCCUCUAAAAUGAGUCUCUCUGGGGAACAUGACACCAAAACUAAGAGUCCAAUCCAGCAGGAGAGACCAGCCUCCCCUGUUCCCAGCUGUGUGUCCAUGAAGAGUGACCGGUCUAUGAGUCAACCUCUAUACUUUAGAGAGGGAGACUUUUCUACUGAACAAAGUCCAAUCCAGCAGGAGAGACCAGCCUCCCCUGUUCCCAGCUGUGUGUCCAUGAAGAGUGACCGGUCUAUGCUUCUACCUAUAGAGUUUAGAGAGGGAGACUUUUCUACUGAACAAAGAAACCAACAGGAGAGAUCAGAGUCAGAGAUUCUCAGUGGUCAGUCUUCCCAGAGUCAUCAAACAGACCUGGCCUCCAUAUUCAGUAUGCUUGAAGAGAAAAUUAUGACAUUUAUGAAGAACGAGCUGAAGAUGUUCAAGAGGAUUCUUAGUCCAGAACUCCCAGAAGGCUUUGAGAGUCAGAAGCAGGAUAAGGAAGUGGUGGAUGCUGAAGAUGAGAAGCAGGAGAGCAGUGCCAGAAAGGGGGCUCUGAAGAUCACACUGCACAUCCUGAGGAAAAUGAACCAGAAGGAGCUUGCUGACACACUGGAGAAAUAUUCAGAUGAGUUUGCUGUGAUUUGCCAACGUGAACUCAAAUCAAAUCUAAAGAAGAAGUUUCAAUGUGUAUUUGAGGGGAUCGCUAAACAAGGAAACCCAACACUUCUCAAUAAGAUCUACACAGAGCUCUACAUCACAGAGGGUGGAACAGGAGAGGUCAAUAAUGAACAUGAGUUGAGACAGAUUGAGACAACAACCAGGAAACAAGCAAGACCAGAGACUGCAAUCAAAUGUAACGACAUCUUCAAACCCUUAACUGGACAAGACAAACCUAUCAGAACUGUGCUGACAAAGGGAGUCGCUGGCAUUGGAAAAACAGUCUCUGUGCAGAAGUUCAUUCUGGACUGGGCUGAAGGAAAAGCAAAUCAGGAUGUCCAAUUUGUAUUUUCAUUCCCUUUUCGGGAGCUGAAUUUGAUGAAAGAGGACAAACACACUUUGAUUGAACUUCUUAAUCACUUCUCAAUGGAAACCAAACAAUCAGGAAUCUCCAUCUACAACAAGUACAAAGUUCUGUUCAUCUUUGAUGGUCUGGAUGAGUGCCGACUGCCCCUAGACUUCCAGAAGAACAAGAUCUGUUGGGACGUCACAGAGUCAACCUCAGUGGAUGUUCUGCUGACAAAUCUCAUCAGGGGAAAUCUGCUUCCCUCUGCUCUCCUCUGGAUAACUACCCGACCUGCAGCAGCCAAUAAGAUCCCUUCAUGGUGUGUUGACCAGGUAACAGAGGUACGAGGGUUCAAUGACCCACAGAAGGAGGAGUACUUCAGGAAGAGAUUCAGUGAUGAGGACCUGUCCAGCAGAAUCAUCUCACACAUAAAGACAUCUAGGAGCCUCCACAUCAUGUGCCACAUUCCAGUCUUCUGUUGGAUUUCUGCAACAGUCCUUGAACACAUGCUGGAACAUAAGAGAGAAGAGAUGCCCAAGACUCUGACUGAGAUGUACACACACCUUGUGGUGUUUCAUACCAAACAGAAGAAUGAAAAGUAUCUUGGGAAAGAAGAGACAGGUCCACACUGGAAUAAAGAGAGCAUUCUGUCACUGGGAAAACUGGCUUUUCAACAGCUUGUGAAGGGCAAUCUGAUUUUCUAUGAAGAAGACCUGAAAGAGGCUGGCAUUGAUGUUAAUGAAGCCUCAGUGUACUCAGGAUUGUGCACACAACUCUUUAAAGAGGAAUGUGUGCUCUACCAGGACAAGGUGUACUGCUUUGUUCAUCUGAGCAUUCAGGAGUUUCUGGCUGCUGUAUAUGUGUUCCUCUCAUUCAUCAACAACAAUGAGAAUCUACUGGACAAACUGCAAACAAACGACGAGCCUGAAGUUGCUUUCUACAAGAGUGCUGUGGAUAAAGCCUUACAAAGUGAGACGGGAAACCUGGACCUUUUCCUCCGCUUCCUCCUGGGCCUCUCACUGGAGUCCAAUCAGAAGCACUUACGAGGUCUACUGACAAAGACAAGAACCAGCUCACAGACCCAUGAAGAAACAGUCAAGUACAUCAAGGAGAAGAUCAGGGAGAAUCUCUCUCCAGAGAGGAGCAUCAAUCUGUUCCACUGUCUGAAUGAACUGAAUGACCAUUCUCUAGUGGAAGAGAUCCAAUUCUACCUGAGCUCAGGAAGUCUCUCAAAACCCAAUCUGUCACCUGCACAGUGGUCAGCUCUGGUCUUCGUGUUGAUGACUUCAGAAAAGGAGCUGGAUGUGUUUGACCUGAAGAAAUACUCCAGAUCAGAGGAAGGUCUUCUGAGGCUGCUGCCAGUGGUCAAAGCCUCCAGAGCUGUUCUGCUGUCAGGCUGUGGAGUCACAGAGGAAGGCUGUGCUUCUCUGGUCUCAGCUCUGAGGUCAAACCCCUCACACCUGAGAGAGCUGGACCUGAGCUACAAUCACCCAGGUGACUCAGGAGUCAGACUGCUCUCUGCUGGACUGGAGGAUCCACACUGCAGACUGGAGAAACUCAAGCUGUCAGGCUGUCUAGUCACAGAGGAAGGCAGUGCUUCUCUGGUCUCAGCUCUGGUCUCAAACCCCUCACACCUGAGAGAGCUGGACCUGAGUAACAAUGACCUGAAGGAUUCAGGAGUGAAGCUGCUCUCUGCUGGACUGGGGAAUCCCCACUGUAAACUGGAGACUCUGUGGCUGUCAGGCUGUCUAGUCACAGAGGAAGGCUGUGCUUCUCUGGUCUCAGCUCUGAGGUCAAACCCCUCACACCUGAGAGAGCUGGACCUGAGUAACAAUCACCCAGGAGACUCAGGAGUCAGACUGCUCUCUGCUGGACUGGAGGAUCCACACUGCAGACUGGAGAAACUCAAUGUGGAACAUGGUGGAGAGAACAGAAUGAAACCUGGGCUUAGAAAAUAUGUAUGUGAUCUCACACUGGACCCAAACACAGUAAACAGACUCCUCUCUCUGUCUGAGGAGAACAGAAAGGUGACAUGUCGGAGAGAGGAGCAGCCGUAUCCUGAUCACCCAGAGAGAUUUGAGGACUGUGAACAGUUGCUGUGUAGAGAGGGUCUGACUGGGCGCUGUUACUGGGAGGUAGAGUGGAGUGGGAGAAGGGCUGCUAUUGGAGUGACAUAUAAAGGAAUCAGCAGGAGAGGAAGGGUUAAGAACUGUUGUCUUGGAUGGAAUGACAAGUCCUGGAGUCUGUACUGCUCUGACAACCAUUACAUUGCCUGGCACAAUAAUAAUCCCACUACCAUAGACGUCCCCUCCUCCAGCUCCCACAGAGUAGGAGUGUAUCUGGACUGGCCAGCCGGCACUCUGUCCUUCUAUAGAGCCUCCUCUGACACACUGACCCACCUGAUCACAUUCACCUCCAUAUUCACUGAGCCCCUCUAUGCAGGGUUUUGGGUUUGUGAUGACUCCUCAGUGUCCCUGUAAAUAAUAACCUGACACACACACACACACACACACACACACACACACACACACACACACACACACACACACACACACACACACACAUGACACACACACACAUUGACACACACACACACACACACAUUGACACACACACACACACAUUGACACACACACUCACAAACACCCACAUUGACACACACACUUUUAAUUUUAUUUUUCAGUGUAAUAAAAAAGAUCAGUUGUAAAUGUUUUAUGUUUUAGGCCUUUUAUGGCCUUUUAUGUUUUAUAUGAUGUUAGUAACACUCUGAAGUCAUUCCAUCUGUAAUGGUGUGGUCGGAAGGAGAAUGAACUUGAUAUAAACGGAGUCGCUAAAAAAUAACUCCAAAACCAAAAUAUACAAAAAUAAUAAAAAGUGGGUACAAAACCCAUCAUACAAUCAAACAAUCUCCAACAAGGACAUGAGGGGAAAGAGAGGGUUAAAUACACAACAUGUAAUUGAUGGGAUUGAAAGCAGGUGAAACAAGGCAAAACAAAUGGAAAAUGAAAAAUGGAUCAGCGAAGCUAGAAGGUCGGUGACAUCGUCCGCCUAACACGGCGGAAGUUGUGUCCUUUCUUUAAAGCUCUAAAGUGACUUUUUAUUGACAGAUGCCUCAUUUAAAUGUUCUGGAUGUUGAUGAAAGGAAAUCCCAUAAAGCCUUCUGGUCAGGUCUUUGUUAUGACGUCUUCUGAUUGGGUGUCUCAGGUCAGGGCUUUGUUAUGACAUCUUCUGAUUGGAUGUCUCAGGUCAGGGCUUUGUUAUGGCAUCUUCUGAUUGGGUGUCUCAGGUCAGGACUUUGUUAUGACAUCUUCUGAUUGGGUGUCUCAGGUCAGGGCUUUGUUAUGGCAUCUUCUGAUUGGGUGUCUCAGGUCAGGACUUUGUUAUGACAUCUUCUGAUUGGGUGUCUCAGGUCAGGACUUUGUUAUGACAUCUUCUGAUUGGGUGUCUCAGGUCAGGUCUGAGCCAUGAUCAGAAUGUGUCUCUGUCUAUUUCCAGCCCUGCCAUUUCUACCUGUCCAGAUCUAGUGUUUGACCCCUGACCUCCUCACACCGUCUCACUGUCCAUGUCUGCUUUUAGCUCCCACCUCUACUUCACUGUGUUAUAAUGGACCUUAUGCUUGUUAUGUCACCUCUGUAACCAGGUAUCAAACAUACUGACCUUUCUGACCCUGUCCCAUGGCCCUACUUCACUGUGUUAUAAUGGACCUUAUGCUUGUUAUGUCACCUCUGUAACCAGGUAUCACACAUACUGACCUUUCUGACCCUGUCCCAUGGCCCUACUUUCUAGAACUGAAAUGUCCUCUGAGUUUUGUUUACUGUCCAUUUACUCAUUUAUUGAUGUAUUUGUUGUGUAUUUGGGGUUGUGCCGCAGAGCAUCAUGGGGGUUUGAAUGUGUUGAGAUGAUCACGUUCCAGAUAAAUGGUUGAACUGA